AUGGUGGACCAGCCAACCAGGGCUGAGAAAAACCGUAGAGAAGUAGACAGGGCAGUGGGACUGAGAAGGUCCGAUCCAAGGAGAGGGCCAAGGCCUGGGAAGUUUGAUCAGUAUACCCCACUAACCCAUUCCAGAUCUCACAUAUUCAGCGUAAAUAAGGUUGAUGAUAAGUGGCAGAGGCCUCCAAGGAUGGACAACAUAGAGGACUUAGUUAGGAGAGGAUACUUGAGUCAAUUUAAGCAGCGUGAUGACCCUCCCAGAAGAAGGGAGGAGGAUAAAGCGGGCCGAGCUGACCGUAGAGGAGGUCAUAGGGGCCCAGCUAGAGACAAAGAUAGAGAUGGCAAGCCAGAGGGAAUGGUGUACGUGAUCAGCAGGGGUCCAGUGCAUGGGGGGACAGUUAAUAGAGCGCGGGCUGACCUGCGGGCAAUGAUACAUCAAAUAAACGACAAUGAUAAGCGUAGAUGGCCACCUCUUCCCCCGCAGCCACGAGCCACGUUUGACGAGUAUGACCAGAAGGGCAUAAUUUACCCUCAUGAUGACCCGCUGGUGGUGACAAUGAGAAUUGCAAACUGGGAGGUGGAUAGAAUACUGAUAGACGGAGGCAGCUCAGCCAACAUCAUAUACAUCAGUGCGUUCAAUGAGCUGAAGUUGGACAGAAAAGACCUAAAGAGAGUAAACUACGAGGUCACCGGAUUUAAUGGCUCGGGGCUUACCCCAGAAGGCAUAAUCGAACUCUCAGUCCGGGUAGUAGAGAGGUCAAGAAGGCGUGAUGUCCGAGCAGAAUUUUUCGUGAUAAACUCCCCUUCACCCUACAAUGUAAUCAUGGGAAGACCGCUCAUCCACAAGAUAGGCGGGGUGGUAUCCACUUACCACCUAGCCAUGGCUUACACAACUAAUGAGGGUUGGUCAGCAAAUCUCAAGGGAAGCCAAAAGACAGCCAAAUAA